CUGUUUUAAGGUGAGGGCCAUAGAAUUUAAAAACAGAGUUACAUCAUACAGACAAAACCCCUCACAUACACACUAACAAUGAUUGCACAGAGUCCAGUGACAGACAGACAUGGCUCACAUAAACCCCCUGAACUCUUUAAACAGCUGUGUUCUUAAAGGGAUUUUGAUUGAUUCCACAGAAUCAGCCGAUCGUAAAGAUGUAGGUGGGACUUUCCACAACUUUGGUGUUGUUGUCUCAAACGUCCUCUUAAGUCUUAAAAUUGGUGUGUGGGAUUUAAAUAGUCUGAUCUGAGAAAGUGAGUGGAUGGAUGUGGAAACUGAAUUCUCUGUACUUUUCUUUUCACAUCUCUUCCAACAUUUGAAGUAUCUUUGUACCACUCCAACUUAUUUCUUGAGCUAUGAGCUGUAAUGAGCUGUUAUACUGAGAUCAGUAUAAACCGGAGUCAGAUGCUCGGAUGAUAAAACCGAUGGUGCUUGUGAUCAUAAGGAGCCAGGUGUUGUUCUGACUUCCAGCAGCAGGGGGCAGCAGGUCCCGAGCAGGGCGGUGAAACCAUUACGUAGUUUUCCUUUGUGUCUUGUGAGCGUUUAGACCCCGCCCCUCCCUCCGGAGGGUGCAGCGGCUCCACGAGCAGCAGCAGCCGAGCACCGCCGAUCUCUGCCGGCUGUAAACAAACCGCCAGCCCGCCACUAUGUACGGAGAGGAGCCGUUCUCCAAGCCGCGGCUCCCCGCGCUGUGUCCCCCGGUGCUGACGUCCACCACCGACCGCUGUCUCUGCUGAGCCCCCCGCGACACAACGGCUCGUCUCUAAACGCGACACCCAGACCUGUCAUCGCUUCGGCCGGGGCGGUGCUAUCACAGGUAUCCGCGUGCUAAUGGUGGCCCGCUAGGAUUGUACGCCCAAGACUGCUCGGUUAGCGAACUGUCAAUAUAUCGGCGUGUUGUCGCACUCGACCCCCGCGUUUAGCUGCGCUCACUUGUCCGCGGAGGUCCGCGAAAAUGGCAUCGUCCGCAGAGCAGGACCUGGCUCUGUCUGAGGCGGACAGCAGCAAGGAGAAGACUCAGGUGUUUGGGAUCCUGAGGCUGCAGGAGGAGAAGUGUGCCGCCGCUGCUGCUGCCGCGGACAAAGCUCACAGUGGCAGCGCGGUGAGAGGAGGAGGAGGAGGAGGAGACGGAAGAUGGCAGGCUCCGAUCUUCGCUUUGGCCAGAAAAGCGUCUGAGACCAUUUCAGGGAGCAUUCACGUCCUGCCCAAAGUGUCGGAACACAGGACGUCUCUGCCAGGGGAGUGGGCCGUUCAAGCCCUGCGAGACCCCAUGACAAUGGAGCGAGCCAACCUGCUGAACAUGGCCAAGCUGAGCAUUAAAGGUCUGAUUGAGUCGGCUCUGAGCUUCGGACGCACACUGGACUCAGACUACCCCCCCCUGCAGCAGUUCUUUGUUGUCAUGGAGCACUGUCUCAAACAUGGCCUCAGAGUGAAGAAGUCCUUUCUGGGCUUUAACAAGUCCCUGUGGGGUCCUCUGGAGCUGGUGGAGAAACUGUGUCCUGAAGCAGCAGAGAUUUCAGCCUCUGUACGUGACCUGCCUGGACUAAAGACUCCUCUCGGAAGGGCCAGGGCGUGGCUGCGUCUGGCUCUCAUGCAGAAACGGUUGGCUGACUAUCUGCGACUCCUCAUCACCAGAAAAGACCUACUCAGUGAUUUCUACGAGAACUCAGCCCUGAUGCUGGAGGAGGAGGGAGCAGUGAUUGUGGGCCUGCUGGUGGGCCUGAAUGUCAUCGACGCCAACCUAUGUGUCAAAGGCGAGGACCUGGACUCUCAGGUUGGGGUGAUUGAUUUCUCCAUGUACUUGAAAAACGACAUCGAUGAUUACAGGAGCGAGGAGAGGAAUAGCCAGAUAGCAUCCAUCUUGGAUCAGAAGAACUAUGUAGAGGAACUGAAUCGACAACUCAACUCCACAGUCCAUGGUCUCCAGGGCAGAGUGGACUCUCUGGAAAAGUCCAACUCCAAACUCAUAGAAGAGUUAGCCAUAGCCAAGAACAACAUCAUCAAACUGCAAGAAGAGAACCAGCAGCUGAGGAGUGAAAACAGCAUCAUUCUGCUGAAAGCACAACAACAUUUAGAGGUGACCCAAGGUGAUGUGUCAUUGGAGAGAGACACUUACAAACAGUCUCGUCAGGGUUUGGAUGAGAUGUACAACGAGGCCCAGAGACAGCUGAAGGAGGAUGUGGAGAAUGAGUUAGUUGUCCAGGUGUCGAUGAAACAGGAAAUGGAGCUGGCCAUGAAACUUCUGGAGAAAGAUAUUCACGAAAAACAGGACACACUGAUUGGACUGAGACAUCAACUGGACGAGGUCAAAUCCAUCAAUGUAGAAAUGUACCAGAAGAUGCAGUCGUCCGAUGAGGAGAUGAAGAAGAAGAACGAUAUGAUCACUCGUCUGGAGGAGAAGACCAACCAGAUCACUGCCACCAUGAAGCAGCUAGAGCAGAGAUUACAGGAGGCUGAGAGGCACCGCACGUCGGCCGAGGAAGGAACCCGACGCUUCAAGCUGGACUUCGCCAACAAGGCCGACAGCCUGCAGCGGCAGAUCGAACACAGAGAAAGACAACUCCAGCAGCUGGAGACAGACCUGAAGAUCGAGAGGGAGUGGAGACAAACGUUACAAAACGAUCUGGACAGAGAGAGAGAGUCGGUGUCUGAGCUCAGCACAGAAGCGCUGCAGAUCAACGGACUAAAAAAGGAAUUCCAUCGUCUCCAGGAUGAAAACAUUCAGCUCAAGACCAUCUGUGAAGACCAAGAACGAGCUCUCGAGGAGUUGGGCUCCAAACUCAGCGAAUCCAAACUGAAGAUCGAGGACAUCAAAGAAGCCAACAAAGCUCUUCAGGGGGGUCAGGUGUGGUUGAAGGACAAGGAAGCCAGCCACUGCAAACUUUGUGAAAAGGAGUUUUCCAUUUCAAGACGAAAGCACCACUGUAGGAACUGUGGGGAGAUUUUCUGCAACAGUUGCUCUGACAACGAGCUUCCUCUGCCGGCCUCGCCAAAACCAGUCCGAGUGUGUGACACCUGCCACGCCCUCCUCCUCCAGCGAUGCUCCUCCAACCCUACGUGAGGGAGUCCCACUCUGCUGUCAGGACUGUUUCCAUCUAUCAGAGCUGACACUCUCCAGUCCUCCUCCUGUAAGAACCCCCCCCCCAACUGACCUGAACAGUGUUUGCUGCUAGGAACGGAUCCUGUGCAUGGAUGUGAAGGACAAUUGAUCAGUCUGCUAAACAUGUUGAAGAAGGAAGAAUCUCAAAGACACAGUCACCUCAAAGUCGUUUCUCUCUCAGGUCUGAUGUCACUACUUUGUCUGCACAAUAUCCACUGUGUUAAAUAACAGUUCACUAUUUAGGCCUAGGCUGCUCACUGGGUACCUGAGAAAUUGGGAAUCGAAGUGUCUGCUUCAGUAUCAUAAACAAUCAUGACACGCCUCUGUCAAUUCAGUUCUACUAAAUAUAAAUCUGUUUUACCAAUUAAACCAUUAAUUUACUGCCAAUUUUAAAUCAAUGAUCACAGAAAUUUGAUUUUGCCUUUGACUCACUCCAAGUGUUGCACUAGUUUUGCUCAGAGAGCGACAUGACAGCAACACAAUAUAACAAAGUUAAAAGGUAAUAAAAGAAAGGCUGUUACUGGUGGGAUGAUUAAAAAAUACUUUACGUUGAACUGAUAGUGAAACUGCAGUGAAGAGCACAGCUGCAGCUUCGUGCAGAUGUUUUUCUCAACCUUCAGUCACAUGUUUUGUUACACACAUCAAGCAGUAAGUGCAAAGCCAAAUACAUGAGAUUAUAUAAUUUAUAUACCCACAGUACGGUGGCAUUGUUACUGUUGAGCGUGACUCCAGAUCCCCUUUAUCUGAGGAACAGUGACACAAAGUGACAUAUAACUUUAAACUGGGUAUAUUAGCUUAAGUUAAAAUCUGUGCCACAAAAUGACCUACAUUUUUUUGUUUUCAAUGUUUUAAGUUCAGUUGUUUCAGAAAGCAUCAUGAAUCUAUUUUGUUCCUCCCAUCAUCAAAGGCCACAGUAUGUUAUGAAAAAGUCUGACUCAUCAGAUCUAAAUAUUCAGUGUGUAAUGACACACCAGUUCCAGGAACAGUCAUUCACUCUGUGUCUGCCAUAACCAGACGAGUUCCCCAUGAACACCCGAUCAAAGGAACUAAAGAGGUUUUUUUGAACAAUGUUAAAAAAUGGUGCUAACUGUGCCUGUGUAAAUGCAAUGAAUAUUAUCGACAUGGUGCCAAAAUUAGCCCUGUAACUGUAGCAGUCCUAUACUAGCCAUGCAAGCAGUCUUCAUUAAAGGCAUAUUUCACUGUAUGAUAGACAAACCAAUGCAGUGGAUUCUGCAUGAAGGACCAAGAGUAGCAACAGAUGUCUUCACCACAUAUUUAGUGACUGAUUUAAAUUGAAGUCAGUCUCUACAACUGGCUCUUUGCACCACUGAUGGCUGUUAGUGAAGACAAAGCCACAAAGUAUGUUUGAACACUUUCCAAUCAUAUAUAAUACUUGUAAUAUAGAUUGAUUUUAACGUAUUUAUAAUUAAUUGGGUUUUAUACUCAUUCAUUAUGAGUCCAGGGAACUGGUUUUGAGUUUACCCUGUUAACUUGAAUUUAGAUGUAAUCUGUUGUAGAAGAACCACAUUUUACUGUUGCUCCAUUCCUGAGAAGCAAAGUCUGAAACUCUACACGAUGUUUUCUUUAUUAAAUCAGGAUAGAAAGCU